AUUCGCGGCUGGCGGCAAGAAAUUGGCGAAAACUGGAAAAUCGUAGAGGAAGUUCCAUUUCAUAUAUUUUUUUUCUGUUUUUAGCCAUACAUAUUAGCGAGUUUUAUAUAGAUUAACAUGCAGAUAAUAAUUGACCGUGUUGGAACUGGAAAAAUUCCUGAGUGGUCUAUAAUUGAGCUUCAAGGAGACCUCCAGAAUAAUGAAACAACAGCCUCGUUUCACGGAAAAGUGAUUGGGGACUUGCAUUACAAUUUAGAGGGAGAGCCCUUAUUAAUUAUUGGCCACCAUGUCCUGACAGGAAGAUUAGCAAAACUAGAAAAGCCUUUGGCUAUUUUGAAGAAGAAACCAAAAGAUGAUGAGUUUGAGGUGACGGAGUACCAGGUUCAAGGAAUGGUGGUGCAAAAACUGCUGUUCAGUGAAAGGCCUCGGCCAAUUGUGGAUAGCACUGAAGCAAUUUUUGUCAAGUGAGAUGCUCUUCAUAUUGCACUUUCUCUUAAUACUUCCACUUUUGUACUAUAUAAAGGCAUUAUUUGAAUUAAAUAAAUAACUUUAAAUGCAAUCAAUUAA